AUGGGGCUCUCAUGGCCAUAUCAUUUUGUGUCGCUCACGCAAGAGGAAGUCCUCCAGCGGCGUGAGCUUCUUGACCGCCGAGGACAGAUAGCCCAAUGGUCCAUUCUUAUGGCCAUCAUCGGAAUCAAGUAUCUUCAGAGUUGGACAAAGGCUUCUCAGGCAGGCGGUAGGCAACGCGGAGCUGCCUCAUGGUGGGAUCAUUCAAUUGUGACGGGAUGGCUUGAAAGCCGGCGACAAUACGCUAUUUGCGGAUUGUGGCUACUGUGGCUGUUGAGUCUUUGUGUAUGGAACAGUGGAGAUGGUAUGGACCUUUCUCAUCUUAGGCUCAGAACGCCCGUUGACAAUAAGCUUACUUAUUUACAAGAUUAUCUCCACUUGACGAAGGCAUUGGGUCAUGUUGCGCUCAGUCAACUGCCCUUGCAGGUCUUGAUGUCGCCCGCGGCAUACAUAUCGACAUCCAAGCCCGCGGCUGCCUCGAUCUUCUCAUUUCUGACUUCAGUGUCACAGAGCACCCUGACUCCCUACCAUCGCCUUUUUGGCAGGAUGGUCAUAUUACCUCUUCUUUUCACCCAUGCUACGCUAUACUUAUUGUUCUUCAUACAGUCCGUCGACCCUGAAUUUGGAACACUAUUUGCAAAGCGCGUUCAAGAUUUGGAUGUUCAAUGUGGCAUCUCUGCCUUGUUGUGCGCGAUAUCAUUUCUUUUCUUCACGAAGCCGCGAGUUGCUGCACCCAGGGAUGCAACUAAAAAAGCUGCUGGGUCUAUACAGGAGCGUCGAACAUCUUUCUACUGGGGCCAUAUCUCGCUGGCAGCUUUCUUAUGCGCUUCGGUGUAUUAUCAUGUCGUAUAUGCUCAAAAGUAUAUGCUUCAAACGAUGGGUGCAUUUGUUUUGAAUGGCGUAUUUUCUUGGGCGGCGGUUCGAUGGGCAGCACUGACAAGGCAUCGAAAUGAGUCCACUACUCUCGCGAUGGCCAUUGCUGUGCUUUUCUCUCUACUAGUAUAA